AUGGAGCUGUACUCACUUUCAAAGCGCCUCCGCCACUUCACCGCCGCACCUACUCAGCCCAUCCAUCUCUCCUCCGACAAGUCAUACCUCAACGGUCGCACCGACACCUCGCGGUUCUUGGAAUCACAUCGCUGCUCCGUCGUCUCCGAUCCUCAAGUUCCGAGAAGGGAGUGGGAUGCUGACAUAUUACUCAACAUUCUGUUCCGGCUGGAUGUGAAGUCAUUGACUCGUUUCAAGUGUGUUUGCAAAGAUUGGCAACACAACCUUGGGAGCCCUUUAUUCCUGAAAAAUUAUGUGCAAAAUAGUGUGCUGAGAUUAACCGGUUUCAUCUUUCAGCCACAUAUGUACCUGAUCCAAUCUAGCUACAUCCGCGUGGAGACAAGUGGAACCAAUAUGUGGGAGAUGUUCCUAGGUGGUCUUCCUGAAGAUGUUUAUAUCUUGGCAUCAUGCAAUGGCUUGCUCUGUUUCUAUAGCAUUUCACAAGAACCAGCUUUAUAUGUAUGCAACCCUGCAAACAAACAAUGUCUUAAGUUGCCGCCAUCUAGCGGCGGAUACAUAAGCAUUGGAAUUGCUUUUGACUAUGAAGGAGGAUCCAUUGACAGUGCCACCAACUCUGCCAAGUUCAAGUUAGUUAAAGUUGUUAAUGCUCAACCAAUGAUUUCUACUGACUUGAGAUUUCAAAUUUAUUCGUCAGAAACAAGAUCUUGGAAGAUGUCAAAUGCAACCUGCAAAGGCGGGAUAUUGUUGAAGAAUAAAGGAAUUUACUUAAGAGGUGUCUUAUAUUGGCUUGGCGAAUGCAAAAGAAUACUGGUUUUUGAUGUUCGGACCGAGUUAGCUUUGUGGAUUCUUAGGCCAUGCGCUGCCAAAGAUACUUGUUCGUCGUCAUCAUGCAUCGGAGAGUCUAAUGGCACACUGCAUUAUGUCUCACUGACAAAAACAUUAGGUCUUUGUGUGUGGAGUCUUGAGCAUUAUUUUGGAGAAUGGACUCUUGAGUACAAGAUGUCUUUUGAGGAUUUUAAAGAACAAUGUGAACUUACUUUUCCCAAAUUUUUAGUGGAUAAAUCGGCAGUAACUCCUCUAGCCUUCAAAGACUGGGUGUUGCCGCUGCUAAUUCGUGGUAAGGAUCAAGUAAUUGUCUAUGAUUUUAAGAACAGAAAGAUGACUUGGGCGUGCAGCUUGAAACGUUAUGACCCAGGUGCAACAGUGUUUUCUCAUUCCAUGAGCUUGGUUCCAUUGAAUGAUGCAUAGCUUGGUUCCAUUAUGCGCCCAUUUCUUUUGGUUUUGUAUUAGCAUUUUUUUUUGUAUAUAAAAGAAAGCGGAGAUUUCUUUGUACUUAUUGUUAUGGCUUAUUAUGAUGAUAUUAUUUUCUUCAGUU